GCGUAACAAAAAUAUCCACAUGGGGAUGAUUGCAAAAUUGUGCCUUUUGGGAGAUUUAGGCUAUCGAGAAAUAUAAUUAUUGCUAACGGAUUUAGGUGUUGCCAGGCACCUAUAUAGAGCGCUAUGUUUUUGACUAAUAUCCGCGAAGAUAUAAGUAUUGAUGGCAUUUGAUUUGUUUUAAACGUAACUAGACCAAGACAGGGCGCAACAGUGUGACGCCUUCUUCACGACUACCCACUUAUUUCAAUUUUGAUUUGAUUUGUAUGCUGAGGGUAACUCAAAUUCAAAUUGAGAAUGGCAUCAUCUAUGAACAUAGCAGGAAAUCAAAAUGAAGAAUCUGCUAUCAGCGGUGUGGAGGUCCGCAACAUUGAUGACAGCAUUGGGAAGGGCCUGUUUGCCACCCGUGAUUUCAAGGCGGGUGACGUCAUCUUCGAGGAGCGACCAUUGGUUUGCUGCCAGUUCCUCUGGAAUGCGGCCUAUGGCUAUCUGGCGUGCGACUUUUGCAUGAGGCCGCUGGAGACGGCGGAGGAGAACGCUCGCCGGCUGACGGGGAACGCCGCGCUGACGCUGCCCCACCCGGAGUGCUGCGAGACCAAGAAAGCCCAGGUGGUCGAGUGCCCCACCUGUGACGCGAGUUACUGCGGAGAGCCGUGCAGAGACGCCGCCUGGCGCCAGUACCACAAGACGCUGUGCACGCGCUCCUUCACCAGGGACGAGUCGCACCCGCUGGUCAACCUGCAGGAGACCUGGAAGAAGAUGCACUAUCCGCCGGAGACAGCCUGUAUCAUGCUCGUGGCUCGAAUGCUGGCCACCGUACGCCAGGCGGAGGACAAGGAGGGCGCCAUGAAUCUCUUCAUGCAGUUCUGCCACCGGACGGUGAACGAGGAAGAAGAGAUAGCGCACAAGAUGCUGGGCGUCCAGUUCUACGAGCAGCUGGAGGUGCUGCGGAAGCUCAUGUCGGACGCGCUCUAUACACCCGACGUUCACCAGUGGCUGACGCCCGAGGGGUUCCGGAGUCUGAUAGCGCUGGUGGGGACGAACGGCCAGGGAGUGGGUACCAGCGCCAUCUCUGUGUGGGUUCGCAACUGCACCAACCUCGACCUGCCGGCCGAGGAGCACGAGAAGCUCGACCAGGUCAUCAACCAGCUCUACGACGACCUUGAGAAGGAGGCGGGCUGUUUUCUGAACAACGAGGGCUCGGCGCUGUACCCGCUGCAGUCUUCCUGCAACCACAGCUGUACGCCCAACGCCAUGCCCGGCUUCCCGUGCGACAACUUCGACCUGGUCAUGUCGGCCACACAAGACAUCGCUGCCGGCGAGCAGAUUUGCGUUAGCUACCUGGACGAGUGCGCCCUGGAGCGCAGCCGGCACAGCCGCAACAAGAUACUCAGGGGCAACUACCUGUUCAACUGCCAGUGCGCCCGGUGUCGGUCCGAGGCCGACCAGCCGGACGUCACCAGCGAGGAGGAAAUGGAUGAUGAGGAGGAGGACGAGGACGACGGUCAGGAGUGCUGACGACACGCGAGCGGCGGUGGCCGACGGCACUGCCACCACGGCCGGGCCGCCUGACCGGGCGCUGGGAAUAGCACCACACUAGCCUGACCGGGCAACGCCACCGCAGCCGAGACUCGGCAGCCGCAGCCUGAGUGCCGAGCCGCCUGGCUGGGUGUGGGUACUGCCAGUGUUACAGCGGCCGGCUGUCACUGCCUCCAUAGUCGACUUCUGACAGGAUUGUCAGGAGAGGACUGAGGAAUGUCACAACCGGACUGCCACGACACUGCUGUCACUACCCGACCACCAGCUGUUCUGAACUGACCAUGCAGGCGGGACGGAGCGGGGCGAUAGGCGGUUGACGCUCCGCUGUGCAGCCGCACGGCUCGGGGCUGCCCAAUGAACUUCACGGCUGCCUAGGCCUGAAGAGUCGGCGUGUUGCGAGCACACGGCAGGGAGGAUGGUUGUGCCGUCAGCCGUGUGUGGGGUGUACUGUGCAGUGAGGCGAGAUACCGGCCUAAUGCGUAUUUCUCGACUGGGGGAACCCAACGAUGUGUUGUUCCCCAUGUUCUCGCGUGUUGAUUCAUGGUGCUGUUUGGGGGGGGGGGGUUGCGAAGGGGUAUGAACUGCUAAAGCGACAAAGUGGAGUUUGCUUAAUCCAGACUGCGGAUCCUGUAAUGCCGCUCCGUCUUAUAAAGUGGGAAGGGCUUGUCUCCCAGGGCGAUAUGCAUUGUUAUGUUUGUGAAUGCAUGUGAAUGCGAAUACGAGUGGUUUUGAAGAUUUGUAUGAUGUGUAGGCAUAUGGGAUGUGCAAGCACCAUUUCGACCCAGCGCCGAUAGCUAACUCAUUCUCGCAUAGUCGUGUAUGUGAGAGCUCGCGUUACGCUGGCGCAGCCGCUGCGGUCCCAUGUUGCCGUGGUUACCUGUGAGAGGCGGACGGAUGUAAGACGACCGGUGCCGCGCGGCGCCAACAGGCUGAUUUGGGCCGAAACACAGCGCGGAUAGACGGCGAAUGUGGCUGUCCUGACCGCCGGGUCGGUCGUCUGGCACCGGGAUACUUCUGCUCGCAAUAUAUGUUUGCGUGUAUGUACCGCCUGUAA